AUGAAGCUCACUUUCAAGGACCUGAAGCAGGAGAAGUUUGUUAUCGAUGUCGAACCUUCUGAGACUGUUCGCGAGGUCAAGGUCAAAAUCGCCCAAGAGAAAGGCGAAUAUGAGGCAGAGCGCAUGAAGGUCAUCUACUCCGGAAAGAUCCUUCAGGAUGACAAGACAGUCGAAUCUUACAACAUCCAAGAGAAGGACUUCCUAGUGUGCUUGCCUUCAAAGCAACCCAAGGCCGCCGCCUCCACCGCUUCCUCACAAGUUCCCUCGACCCCAGCUGCCCGAGCUCCUGUGUCAACACCCGCUGCUCCCGCGGCUCCUCAUGCUGCCUCUGCGCCUCCCCCUUCUGCCAUCCCCGCGACCCCCUCCCCGGCCGGUGCGACUCCAGCUCCAUCGAGCGGUCCUGCCUUCGGAGAUCCUUCCGCUCUCACCAUGGGCUCUGCUGCUGAGGGAGCGGUUGUCCAGAUGGAGGCAAUGGGAUUCGCACGCACUGAUAUCGACCGUGCCAUGCGCGCUGCAUUCUACAAUCCUGACCGUGCCAUCGAAUACCUUCUGACCGGUAUCCCCGAUAACAUCCAGGAACAACAACAACAGCGACAAGCCUCGGAGCCAGCCCCUACCGGUGCUGCCCCUGCUGCUCCCGCCGCUCCUUCCGGUGGCGAUGAGCCGCACCUGAACCUCUUCGAAGCUGCCGCUCAGGCCGGCGGUGAAGGUGGUGGCCGGUCUCGCGGUGCUGCUGGUGCCGGCGCUGGUGCCGGUGCCGCUGGUGGCGAAGCUCUCGGCAGCCUGGAGUUUCUCCGCAGCAACCCCCAUUUCCAACAGCUUCGUCAGCUUGUCCAACAGCAGCCUCACAUGCUCGAGCCCAUCCUGCAACAGGUCGCCGCUGGGAAUCCUCAGAUUGCAUCAAUGAUCGGACAGAACUCCGAUCAAUUCCUGCAGCUUCUAGGCGAGGAACUCGAGGACGAGGAGGGUGCUCUCCCACCCGGCGCACAGGCUAUCUCGGUUACGGAAGAAGAGCGCGAUGCCAUUGAGCGUCUGUGCACUCUGGGCUUCCCCCGCGAUUCCGUCAUCCAGGCCUACUUUGCCUGCGACAAGAACGAGGACCUCGCCGCCAACUUCCUCUUCGAUCAGCCUGAUGAGGAUGAGCAGUAG